UAACGACACCAUUGUGGGUUCGCACCCCUAUCAAAAUGUUUAGAUUAAGUUGCCUGUUCAUGUUGUGGAUUGUGUGCGGGAGUGCAUUAUCCAGUGAAGACGAACAUGAUGCAUUCGUUAAAUCUUUGAGAUCCAAGUCAUAUUUCGACGAACAAGAUUCGGGCAUAGCGUCGUUGGCUUCAAAUAUAAAGGCUUCCGCGGUACAUAGCAUAGAUAAAAAUCAUUACCCACAAUUCGAUACGGUUGUCAGUAGUUCCAUUGAUUUACCAAGUCAAUUAGUUCCUAGAAAAAACAUAUUUGAUGCUAUUAACUUGAAUCCUGUCGAGGGUCAAAGCUUGCUUCCGUAUGACAGGCCAGCUAGGCUAGUAUCACAACAGCAGCCACAGCCGAAUAUUAAUUUUGCACCUAAUACGCAGCAACGUAGCCCCGUAAGAUAUGACAUAAGAACUAUACAUGACCCUAAUUAUACAAUUUAUAAGCCAGAAGAAGAUGAAGAAAAACCCAAGUUAGCAGCUUUGAACAAAAAACCCACAGAUGCAGUUUAUAUUCAACCUUAUAUUAACGUUGAAGUAAAGCAUCCAUUAGAGUAUCGGAAAGAAGAUUUGACUAAAAACUUCGAUGGUGAACAAAAAUACAAGCAAAAUCCUUAUAUUGCAGGGCUGCCUCGUUAUCGGCGUUAUACAGGUGGAAGAAGCAGGGAAAACUUGAAAAAAGACGACGAAGAAGAUGAUCCUUAUCAUUAUAAAGCAGAAUACAUAUCUAGACCCAAAGCGUUCGAUGAAAGCCCCUAUAGCAGUCCAUACAAAAAGAAGAAGGGUGGAAAAGAUGAAUAUGAAUAUCCGUACAGCUACGACUCGGGAUAUGAUCAUAAAGAAUAUGAAAGGAUAAAGGAGCUUUCCGAGAAACAAGCUGCCGAAAUUAAGCAAAAUCCAGGUAACUGCAAAGAAGUUAUCAAGGACGGAAUGUCGUGUAUGACCUGCAAGGAUCCCAAAACUGGAGGAAACUAUGAAUCCUGUUCCUAUGUUGCUGAACCUAAGAACAACAAAUAUGCUUAUUCGAAAGAGAGGAAAUAUGACAGUAACGACGACCCCGAAGAGUCUGAAGAAAAAUCUGAGACACCAAAAAAAUCUGAAAAACUGACUUCAAAGGAAGACACCGACACACACCGACAAGACUCGAGGAACAAAGCUGAAAAUGAAAAACCUUACAGUAGUUACAAGCAGGCUGAAAACCAAGACAACCCCAAUAACAAAUACAAGUCCUAUUAUACUCACUCCUCUCAACCAAAGUCAAGUGAAGCACUGCGGGCUGCAAGUAGUGAAGACUACAAACAGGCUGAAAACCAAGACAACCCCAAUAAUAAAUACAAGUCCUAUUAUACUCACUCCUCUCAACCGAAGUCAAGUGAAGCACUGCGUGCUGCAAGUAGUGAAAACUACAAACAGGCUGAAAACGAAGACAGCCCCAAUAAUAAAUACAAGUCCUAUUAUACUCAUUCCUCUCAACCAAAGUCAAGUGAAGCACUGCGUGCUGCAAGUAGUGAAGAAAGUUCCGAAGAAGUUACACCGAAACCAUAUGAUUAUAAAAAAGCAUUACCUGGAUUUUAUACCGACAAUGAACAAAAAAAAGACGUUGAACACGUGCUAGCUGAGUUUAAAAAGAAGGAUAGGUCAGCAUGUAAUAAAGUAAGAAAAAAUGGAAUGACUUGUUUCCAAUGCCUCGACAAAAAUGGACUGAAGAAUGAAGAGUGUAUGUUUGUAUCAGAAUCAGCGCCUAAACAAAGCCAUUUAGCGUAUCAGGAACACAAAGAAUUCACAUCCAAACCGGCAACAUUGGACGGAAAUGAGGAAGCUGAAAGUCAGACUGUCACUACCAACUCACCUCCAGCACAGAAAUCGGCAGCAUAUGCAGCGUCUUCAAAUUAUAACAAAAAAUUGAAGCGGAAAAAGACGCCACAGACAUCCCUCACUGUGGCUGCUAAUAAUCCAGACGUAAAAAUUACCCAAAAAGUUAAAAGGAGUGAAGGAUCCGAUCAAUCUGAUUAUGCAGGCACACGCGUUGGAGUUUCAAAUAUAGCUCCUCCAGAAGAAUUCGCAGGUGCGGACUCAAGGGGAGCUUUUUGGGCCGAAACACUGCCGCGUUAUAGCGCAGCUUUAGGUGUUUCACUGCCUGAAUUUAUGCUAUCGAGAUCAGAACACGAAGCUUCAUUCGACGAAGCCGUCGCGGGAGCGUAAAUUGACCAAGACUGUUAGUCAAUAUCAAACUAAUAGAGCGUGGCAGUUCUACAGAUUUCGAAUAAAGCCUGAACCAAAUGAGCGUAAUAAGCGUUUGUUGCAUAAUCAACUUAGAUUUCACUGAUCAAAGAGACUAUAUAACUCAACGUAAGGUAACUAAUAAAACUAUUAUUACAAAGAGCCGUAUUGCGAAACUUUCUUAGUAAUAUUUUUAAUAAUUAUUUUAAUGUAUAAAUAAUUACGUACCUAGAAAUUGUUAUUGUUGUUGUUUUGGAAUGACUGCUCAAUAGCAAUUUAUUGUUAACUAGUUUUAAAUUAUACGAUUAAAACUAACUUUUAUAAAAUAACAGCGAUGUUUUAUUAUACCUACUUUAGUACUGUAGGACUCUAGUCAUAGGACUUUUGGGUUCUCAAGUCGGGGCGGAAGGACUAAAAUCUCAACGGCUUAAAACUCUGACUUGAGAGCCCAAAAGGUCCUAUGACAGUACCUACCUAUAUUCUAGGCACUUUUAGAAGGAUCAAGGGGAAUUUUUAAACAUCGCAAUCGAUAUUUGUUA